AUGGGAGAAUCAAAAGAAAUCAGAAAAGACCUUGGAAAACAAAUUGUAGACCUUCACAAGUCUGGUUCAUCCUUGGGAGCAAUUAUCAAACUCCUGAAGGAUCUGUCCAGUCUGCACCCAGACUGCGAAUAUAUAUUACAGCUGGAGAGAGAGGAGCGGCAUUGUCUUCAAUACAUCGCAGAGCAUGACAACAACCACAGUACACUAGGUUGUCUACCGUUCUGGGACUCUGUGGUGUGCUGGCCAUAUGCUGCAGUUGGGGAGAUGAUCAACACAACCUGUCCUGCUGUCUUCUCUUUUUGGGGGAAUAACACAGCAGGGUCAGUCAGCAGAAACUGCACCAGCAUCGGAUGGUCGCGACCCUUCCCCCCGUACCACACAGCCUGUAGUGUGGGCGACGACGUUCCCAUUCCAGAGGACUCCUACUUUGCCACUGUCAAGCUGAUCUACACCAUCGGCUACGGCACCUCCCUGGUCUUCCUCUUCAUCGCCGUGGUGAUCCUAUUGCUCUUCAGGAGGCUUCACUGUGCCAGGAACUAUAUUCACAUCCAGCUGUUUGUCACCUUCAUGUUAAAGGCGGUGGCUGUGUUCAUCAAGGACGCCACACUAUUCGCCAGCGACGACACCAACCACUGCACCCUCUCCACCGCAGCCUGUAAGGCAUCAGUGGCCUUCUGUCACUACUGUGUCAUGACUAACUUCUUCUGGCUCCUGGUUGAGGCCCUCUACCUCAACUCACUGCUCCUCUCCUCCUUCCACCACUACCGUCGCUGCCUCUGGGGCUUUGGCCUGCUGGGCUGGGGUGUACCCAUCAUCUUCACAGUCAUAUGGAUUGGGUCCAGGGUGUAUUUUGAGGAUACUGAAUGCUGGGACAUCAAUGAGGACUCCCCCUAUUGGUGGAUCGUAAAAGGGCCAAUUGUUGUUUCUAUCGGGGUCAAUUUCAUCCUCUUUCUGAACAUCAUCAAAAUCCUGAUACAGAAACUGAACCCUCGUCUGAUCCAGUUCAAUAACUCUGACAACUACAGACGGCUGACUAAGUCAACCCUGCUCCUCAUCCCCCUCUUCGGGACCCCCUACAUGGUGUUUAACUUCCUACCUGACUACUUCAAUGUUAGCGUGCGCCUCUGGUUCGAGCUCUGCAUGGGGUCCUUUCAGGGGCUGAUAGUAGCGAUCCUCUACUGCUUUCUCAAUCAAGAGGUCCAAAAGGAAAUCCAUAUGAGGUGGCUGAGGUGGCAGGAUAACAGCAACGGAGUGGUUCUGCCCGGUGCCAAGGGAAGUCAGAUGGACACACAUUUCUAGGGCCACAUUCUUCAUCCACCUCCUCCUCCUCCUUUCUCCAACCUCUAUAUGUGUGUCUUUCGGCGGGGUUGGAAUAAAACCAGAAGUUUCCAUUGGACAACGGUCAUAUUCUUCUUCUAAUUCCUGUGGCCUCCACACAUUGCUUAUAUAUUUUUAGAAGGAGAGGGUGCUGUACAUUGUGUCCCUAAAGCAUGCAAUGUCCUCUCUUCCCAUCAUCACAAUCUCAUUGCUAAAGGGACCACCACUGGGUUCAUCCAUUGUGUCCAGCUCAAGAUGAACUGUUGCAGCACUGUGAAAUGCCCUUCCUCCUCCUCAA